CGGGGGGCGCCAUGGCCUCGGCGACGGCGGCCGCGGACGCGGAGGAGACCACCCGGCUGCGCAAGCCCCGCUUCUCCUUCGAGGAGAACCAGAUCCUGAUCCGCGAGGUGCGCGCCCACUACCCGCAGCUGUACGGCGCGCAGAGCCGUCGGGUGAGCGUGGCCGAGCGGCGGCGCGUGUGGGAAGGCAUCGCCGCCAAGAUCAACGGCAUCACCAGCUGGAAGCGCACGGGCCAGGAGGUGCAGAAGCGCUGGAACGACUUCAAGCGCCGCACCAAGGAGAAGCUGGCCCGCGUACCGCACUCCACGCAGGGCGCCGGGGGCCCCGCCGCCGCCGCCGCCGCCGAGGACGCCUUCUCCGCCGAGGAGGAGACCAUCUUCGCCAUCCUGGGGCCCGGGGUGACCGGGGCCGGGGCUGACGACCUCCCUGCCCCCGCCGCUCCCACCCCACGCUGUGUGUUGGAGGACCGAAGGGAGGAUCGCAGGGCAGAUACACCAGCUCACAGCAAGAGGGACUCCAACAGCCCAGAGCCCUGGGCCCGACCCUCCUGCCCUGCCCAGGAAGGGGGCUGUGCCAGGUCCAAGGAGCGUGAGUCCCCACCCCCUCCGGCCCUACAGACCGUCCAGCUGCCCCGCCUGGCCUUGUCUCCACCGCCCUCCGCCCCUCCGCCCCCAUCUGUGGCCCAGGUGGCACCCUCCUCCCCCAGCCCCCCACCCCCUCCUGCUCGGCCCCCUACCACGCCCUCAGCCCCAGAGCCCUCCCUGGACUUCCUGCGCGCUCAGCAGGAGACUGCCAACGCCAUCCGGGAGCUCGCUGGCACCCUUCGGCAGGGACUGGCCAAACUGAGCGAGGCCCUCAGCGCCCUGCUCCCCCUUCUUCCGGGAACCCCUGUUGACCCAUUGCCGGCACCCCCACCCCCACCUCCCAAGCCUCUUCCACCCCCACCCGCCCCCAAAGUAGAGGACACCCCAGAGCCUGUGUCCCUGGUGGCCACCGUUGUGGAGGGGCCUGCGGUGGCGUCCAGGGGGGUGAUCAUCGCCCCUCGGGGUGAGGAAGGGGCCCCUCGGCCACCCCCAGCUCCACUCCCACCCCGUGACUCACCCCCACACAAGAGGAGAAAAGGUUUCCCCACGCGGAAGAGGCGGGGCCGAUGGAAAUCUCCGUGAAAACGCGUCUGCGCUUCUGCCUGCACCCCACCCCCUAGCUUGGCGCAGUCGAGAGGGGGGGCACCCCAGCUGCACCCCCCCGGCCCCCUGCUCCGAGGGAGUGAGCGCCCCACUCCCUGUGCUAGUUAGUGCCUGAUUCUCUGGGGAGGCCCCUUGACGGGGGCCCCCCAGCCCCUUUCUCUCCGGUACAGUGCUGGCUGCUUCCCUUCUCCCUGACUUCAAAGCCAUCAAUUUUAUGUUAUUUAUGAUAGCGCCCAUUGCGGGGUGAGGAGGGGACCCCAUCGGGUCUGCACACCUCCCUUUCCCUAAUAAUUCCUGUUCUUGACUUGAAGAGAAUUGACCCGUGGGGACCUCCCCACCUCCCCAGCCUAGACUUCGGGGGAGUGGGAGCUGCUAGAUGAAAUCAGGUUGUGAAAGACAGGCGAUAUUAGCCUUGUGGGGUAGGGCAGGGUUCCGACUGGGGAGGUACGGGUUCCAUUCUCUGCCUUCAGUUGCUGCCUCUGACCUCCGAAGCUCAGCCCUCUCCUCAGUGGUGACAAGAUAAUCAAUAAACUUAUUUUUCAUACAA